AUGGCUUCCACUAGCACACGAGCUUCUCCUCGACGUAGACACGAUGUAUUCCUUAGCUUUAGAGGCAAAGACACCCGCAAUAAUUUUACUGCCCAUUUAUAUACUACUUUAGUCGUGAGAGGCAUCAAGGCCUACAUGGAUGACAGGGAACUAGAGAGAGGAAGGCCAAUUGAGCCAACACUCUGGAAGUCCAUUGAAGAGUCAAGGUUUUCAGUCAUUAUAUUUUCAAGAGACUAUGCUUCUUCGACCUGGUGCUUAGAUGAACUUGCCAAGAUCGUUGGCUGUAUGAAAGAAAUGGGAUCGCACACUGUUUUUCCAGUCUUUUAUGAUGUUGAUCCAUCGGAGGUAGCCGAGCAGACGGGAAGGUAUGGAGAAGCUUUUGUAAAGCAUGAAAAAGAUUUCAGGGAAAAUAUGCAGAAGGUGCGUAGCUGGAGGGACAGUCUCACUGAAGUAGCCAACUUAUCAGGAUGGGAUGUACGGGACAGGUUAAUUGAUUUCAAAUAUGGGGGCUUCCUUACCGUUGUUUGUGCUUUCCAUUGUCCUAGCGAAAGGCAGACGAGAUUUUAUACGAUACCUUUAAAAGACACUGAAUCACCUUUAUCGGGAAAUGGUGCAUCCAAAAUGGUGCGGAUGCAUAUGCACAUUGGAAGGGAAGAGGUAGAAAGCAUAGUCCUGGACCUGCCUAGAAUAGAAGAGGCAAGGUGGAAAAUGGAAAGUUUCUCAAAGAUGAGCAAACUAAGAUUGCUCAAAGUUCAUAAUGUUGACCUCUCUCAAAGACUUGAAUGUCUUUCAAAUGACUUGCGGUUUCUUGAAUGGCAUGCUUACCCUUCAAAAUCAUUGCCAUCUUGUUUUCAGCCAGAUAAGCUUGUUGAACUUGACAUGUCUUACAGUAGCAUUGAGCAACUUUGGUAUGGAUUUAAGAGUUUAGUCAAUUUGAGUGUCAUUAAUCUCAGUUACUCCCUAAACCUGACUGAGACUCCGGAUUUUACUGGGAUGCCAAAUCUUCAGAGGCUGGUUCUUGAAGGUUGUGCAAGUUUGUUUGCAGUCCAUCCAUCACUAGGUCUUCACAAAAAUCUUGAGUAUGUUAAUCUUGUAGACUGCAAAAUUCUUAAUAGUCUUCCACGAAACCUUCAGAUGCAAUCACUUAAAGUUCUUACUCUGCUUGGCUGCUCAGAGCUCAAGAAAUUUCCAGAUAUCGUGGGACAUAUGGAAUGUUUAAUCGAACUUCGUUUGGAUGGGACAUGUAUUGAAGAACUACCCUCAUCAAUUCUACAUUUGAGUCGCUUAGACAUAUUAAGCCUCAAGAACUGUAAAAACCUGAAAGGGGAAGGAGCUGUUCCUGAAGAUAUUGGUUGUUUGUCUUCAUUGACGUGUUUAGACCUGAGCAGAAACAACUUUUUUAGCUUACCCGAGAGCAUAAAUCUACUUUCUAGGCUUGAACUACUUGUCCUUGAGGAUUGUAGGAUGCUUCAGUCAUUGCUUAUGGUUCCAUCAAAUGUAUAUAGUUUAAAUUUGAAUGGUUGUACGUCCUUAGUAGAAAUUCCAGAUCCCAUGAAUCUUUGCAGUUUGAAAAGAUCAGAGUUCAAAUGCCUUAAUUGCUGGAAACUGUUUGAUGGUGAAAACUUGGGAUUGACAAAGCUCAAAAGAUACCUCCUGGGCUUUUCUAAUCCAGCACUUGGAUUUGGUAUUGCUAUUCCUGGAAGUGAAAUUCCAGUGUGUUUUGUCCAUCAGAAUGAGGGGUCUUCAAUUAGUGUGCAAGUGCCUCCUAACUUGGAUAGUGAUGAUAGUGAGUGGAUUGGAUUUGCUGUAUGUGCGGCAUUCACUGCAUUACCCCUGGAGGAUUAUGGAAGUCCAUAUCUCUUUUGUCAUUUCAAAUCAAAUGGAAGAGAAAAUGAUCCUCUGCCUAUGUGGAUCAGUUGGAACUUUAUCCAAGUUCUGUCAGAUCACCUUUGGCUAUUCUAUUUGUCUUUUGAUUACUUUAAAGGGUUGCUGCUUGAAUGCUCAAGUAAUAUUGAGCUGUCAUUUUAUCCUCAUUUGAGUGGACUAAAGGUGAAGAGGUGUGGUAUCUGUCUAGUGCCAUCAGUUUCUUCUUCUUCUUCUCUUUGGACACAUGAUGUCUUCUUGAGAUUGGAAAGAUGGGACUUGCACCAUAAUUUUUCCUUCAAACUAGGUCGUGCUUUGAGACGGAGACACAUUACGGCAUUUUUUAUGAAAUACCAGUUUCCAUGGAGACCACAUCACAUGGCCGAAGCAGAUUGCUUGAAGCAAAUUGAAAAUUCAAGGUUUUCAAUCAUUAUAUUUUCAAGAAAUUGUGCUUCUUUACCACAAUGUUUGGACGAACUUGUCAAGAUGGUUCAGUGCAGGAAAGAGAUGGGACAGACUAUUUUGCCUGUUUUCUAUUAUGUAGAUACAUCAGAGGUGGGCACACUGAUAGGGACUUAUGAACAAGACACAGAAAAUAUGGAGAAGGUUCAGAGUUGGAAGGAUUGUCUCGCUGAAGUUGCCAAUUUAUCCAGAUGGAAUGUACAUGAUUGGAACGAGUCAGAAGUAAUUGAAGAAAUAGUUGAGAAGAUAUGGUACCCAGUACGUCAUAUGUUCAACUAUUAG